ACUCUUAAUCGCUUGAACAAGUUAGUGUUUUUCCCCCAAAUUUUGUUGAAUUUCGUGGAUAAAGUCAAUGACCAAUGUGGAUUUGUUUCUUCACGUUGCUGUGAAGGAGAUGGAAAGAAGAAAACUUUACCGUGCAGGGAGAACGAUGGCUUUCUGCAACUGAGCAAUGCCAGCGAUGAUUUUGAAUAUAAACAAACAAAAUAUAGUCACAUGCAUGGCCGCCCUGCCUGCCUGCUUGCUUUCACGUUACGAUCAAAGCUACUGAUUUAGAAAAUUCCUUUCCGGAUUUGCUUUAACGGAAGCUGAGAUCCUGCUCGCUCCUUUAUUCCGGCGAUCGGAAGAAGCUAGAGCACCAGGCUAAUGCAGAUUCAGGGCGAUCAACCUUUCCUGGCUAGGGCUACGACCUUGGCCGCAGAUAUUAUAGCAGACGACCUGAAAAGCCUCAAACCGUUAAACAAUACCGUGCCUGGUCGGGUUCGGCCCAAACGCGAAGAAUCUUUUGGCCACGACCUUGCGCACGCGGCCGUCGAGACUUAUUUGGUUACUCGCCUCAGUUUCAAGCUUUUUUCCUAUCUCGGGUUAGGUUAUCAUUGGAUUACACGACUUCUUGGACUUUGUAUUUAUGCAAUGCUACUUAUGCCUGGGUUUCUUCAAGUUGCAUUUUAUUACUUCUUUUCACCCCAGGUCCAUCGGAGUGUUGUUUAUGGUAACAAACCAAGAAAUAGAGUAGAUAUAUUUUUGCCAACACCUAGAAGUAGUAGAAGUAGUCCAAAGCCUGUUGUGGCAUUUGUCACAGGUGGAGCAUGGAUUAUUGGGUACAGGGCAUGGGGUUCUCUCUUAGGAAGACAGUUAUCAGAAAGGGAUAUCAUAGUGGCAUGCAUUGAUUACAGAAACUUUCCACAGGGAACAAUAAGCGAUAUGGUGGAAGAUGUUUCUCAAGGUAUUUCAUUCAUUUGUAACCAUAUUACUGAAUAUGGAGGUGACCCAAACAGGAUUUAUCUCAUGGGUCAAUCUGCUGGAGCACAUAUUUCUGCAUGUGCUCUUGUGAAACAGGCAAUUAAAGAAUCAAGAGGAGAAAAGGUUUCUUGGAGCGUUUCAAGCAUAAAAGCAUACUUUGGUUUAUCAGGCGGGUACAACUUACCGAGCCUAGUUGAUCACUUCCAUGACCAAGGAUUAUAUCGCUCUGUUUUAUUCAGUAUAAUGGAAGGUGAAGAGUGUUUGGAAAGUUUCUCUCCUGAUAUUAUGGCACAAGAUCUGAGCUCUAGAAAAGCUGUCUAUUUGCUGCCUCAUGUUAUCCUAUUCCAUGGCACUGAAGAUUGCUCCGUUCCUUCAGAUGCAAGUAAAGCAUUUGUAGAUACUCUCCAUGGAGUGGGGGCUCAAGCUGAACUGGUAUUGUACAAGGGGAAAACGCAUUUGGAUUUGUUCCUCCAUGAUCCUCUGAGAGGCGGUAAAGAUGAGCUGUUUGAUUAUCUGGUGGCAUUCAUACAUUCCAGCAACAAAGAAGCUCUCGCUAUGGACGCCAUUGCCCCUCCAAGAAGACGCCUCAUUCCUGAAUUUCUGAUAAAAUUGGCUCGCAGAAUCAGCCCAUUUUAAGCCUCAAGGAUAUAUAGGUGCCUUGUAUAAAAUACAAAGGGAUUUUAAUUUGUAAAAAAU